AUGACUAGCUAUAUCACACGAAACAGCAAUGGAGAUGCCACCGGUUAUGGUCACUCGCGAUCAGAACAAUCUUCUCGUCUGUCCUUGCGGCCUCUACGUGGAGCAGAUCUCCGACACCUCCUUCACUUUCCCUCGCAAACUCAAUCAGCACAGGUUAAUGCUUUGAAGAAUCUAUUUUGUGUAACUCCGCUCGCAAACUCAACCAGCCGCUUCUCGAUUUUUCAGGGCACACAACCUGCCAACAACAACAGCAACGAUUACUUGAGAACGGGGAGUGGAAGGCUUCGGUUUUGGGAAUUAAAGGAUUUCAAUUUGGGGGUUUCAAUUAGGAAUUAA